GAAAAACAAGCACCCGGGUUAUUUAAUCCUCCUUUCUCACAGAAGGCGAGAGUUCUCAAGAGAAAUCAGUCACUUAUAUUGUAUUCUACAAUCAGCUCUUGGUUUCUGAAUGCCAUCUCCAAACGCGCUAAAUUCAACAAUCCGCUACAUAAAAUUCUGCAGGCAGCUCUGUCAAGCAUGAAAUCCAUGAAAUCCAUCAUCAGCCUGCCGAUCCUGCUCUCGUUCGCCCUCUCCGUUUCUGCAGCACCACUUGAGCAGAGUAUCUUCAUCAAUCCUGGCAAUGACGGACUCAGACCGAUGGAAGAGGUCAUGAUCUCAACACUCUCAACUGCAGGCAUAUUUAUGUGACCGUGCUGGUUUUGAGGGACAUUGCGUACACUACGCAACUCCCUUUGGACAGUGCAUUACCAUCAUCGAUCAGUUCCCUCGCAGCAAGGGAGUCAAAUCGGCUAGUUCCGACCGAGGAAGCUGGUGCACGUUGUACUCAAUGCGCUUUUCCUGACUCUUUCUUAUUUCGCGCUAGGCAAUCUGAAUGUCAUGGAGAUGAGCUUCAGGUCCACCACCCUGGGUAUCCGGAUCUGCGCCAUCAAGACUGGGGCGAUCGGGCUCAUAGCUACAGUUGCAGAGCUGCGGAAUGACGGGCUUGGCCUGGGGUUAGCUAGAGCAGCAGGGGCGUCAUAAGAUAGAAUUUUGGAGCGCAACGUUCGUUUGGUAUUCCAUGUUGCGCAUGAAUAAUGAUACAAAUAUAUUUUUUAGACAAGUUAUUUCGAGCUCGAAUGCAUGCUUUGAUUUUACUAUGAC